UCUGAAACCAUAAUCGAAAUGACUGGUCGCGGCAAAGGAGGAAAAGGACUCGGCAAGGGAGGCGCCAAACGUCAUCGAAAAGUUUUGCGUGACAACAUCCAGGGAAUCACCAAGCCGGCCAUCCGUCGUCUUGCCCGUCGUGGUGGUGUCAAGCGAAUCUCUGGUCUCAUCUACGAGGAGACCCGCGGUGUAUUGAAGGUGUUCCUUGAGAAUGUGAUUCGUGACGCCGUCACCUACACUGAACACGCCAAGAGGAAGACGGUGACGGCCAUGGACGUCGUCUACGCGCUGAAACGCCAGGGCCGCACUCUGUACGGUUUCGGCGGUUAAAUCUGAUCUUCAUUUUCAUACUCCGAUCGUUCAAACCAAUCGGCCCUUUUCAGGGCCACCAUUUACUUAAAGAA